AUGGAGGAGAGAAAGGAUCACUUUCUGCUCUUGGUCCCCUUCCAUUUUUGCGUGAAUGAGCCGAAAAAUGCACGUGACUUUGGCCAUUCACGCCAAGUGUCGACUGGAAUUGAUGAUGGUUUAGCGACUGUUGGAAAAAGUGGCUCAACUAAAGCCUAUGAUGAUUAUGAUGAGUCCAGGAUUCAAGUCGUCCCGCGAGAGAUAAUGAAGCAGAAAGGCUGGGCUUAA